GACACCAGCGGCAGCACUGGCAGUCUGAUAAACAUUGGGCUGCCAACAGGAGAUGCAUAUGCCCGAGCCAUUGCCGUUCAGCAGACAACAACCAAACUGAACUUACUCAACGAUCAUGUAACUCGGCUGAACCGAUUCUGCCUUGAGGUGAAGAUGCAAAAUGAAACAAUUAACAACAACAUGCUUGACUAUCAGCGUCGAUACCGUUCGUUGAAGGAGCAGUAUGAAGUGGAACAGGAGGCCUGGUUAGCCGAGCGCGUCAGUUUGGAGUCAAAGGCAAAAGAGGUGAUCAGAACAUUGCAGAAUCUUGUUACCGCGGGCACCACAGCCCCGUUAGCAUGCACUUUCGAGCCAUUUGCCGAGAAGGAACAUUGUUUGUGGACGCCUUUUGUUUGGGUUAUCUGCAAUUUUUACGAACCAGGACAGAGAUCGGCACUUUGCUUUACUGUAUCAAAUACUUUUGGCUUAUUUGAGGAAGUAGUACCUCAAGAAGAACGCAAGAUGUUGAUCGCCAACUGCCGUCGAUCGCUUCAGGAGGUGACCAUCCAAUCAGCAGAGUCCGAAGCUCGUUGGGAAAAAGAAAAACGUGCAUUGGAAGAAACCCGAGACAAACUGGAAAGAGAGAAAAUUGAGUUGAAG